AAAAAAAAUUUUAAAAGCCCCUCCACAAGCCCUCAUCGAAGAGGAGAGUUUUCUCCACUUCUCUCUUCUCGCCGCCGCCUCGAAAUCCAAGAAUAUCUCCGUCUCUCCCUCCCUCCUUUGGUUUCAAAUUGUUUGCUUCGAAUUAUUUUUUCUUGUUUCGAAGCCAUUGAAACCCUUUCGUCCGUUUGGAGAAACCUAAUCCCCAAUUCAGACCUUAAUUAGGGUUUCUUGUCGGCUUCAAGGAUUUGAGAGGGUUCGUGGAGAGGAUUUUGUUGUUUAGGGUUCGGAAUCUUGGAUUGCUUUGUUCUCGGUUUUGUUUGAAUUGGAGGUGUUCUAUUAGUCUUUGGAUUGGGUGAGGGGAGCUGCGGGGGAUGGGAGAUUGAUCAUGGUGCGGCUGCUGGGAUUGAACCGCUUCUUGCUCGACGACUCCCCCCGCGAGAUCAUCCGGACGAGCCCCAUCGUCGCCGGCGGUGAGGGCAGCGGGGAGAAUGGGUGGCUGAUCCGGUUCUUCGACUCGGCCUUCUUCUGCGAGUGGAUCGCGGUGAGCUACCUCUACAAGCAUGACCACUCGGGGGUACGCGACUACCUCUGCAAUCGGAUGUACACGCUGCCGCUCGCCGGCAUCGAGAGCUACCUCUUCCAGAUCUGCUACAUGCUCAUCCACAAGCCGAGCCCCUCGCUCGACAGGUUCGUUAUCGAUACGUGCUCGAAAUCCCUCCGGAUCGCUCUCAAGGUGCAUUGGUUUUUAAUGGCCGAGGUCGAGGACUCCGAGGACAACGACGGAAUCAGCCGGCUCCAGGAGAAGUGCCAGAUCGCCGCCACCCUGAUGGGAGAGUGGCCACCGCUGGUCCGCGUGCCCCCGGCCUCCGCCGGCGCCCCCUCAAGCCCCAAAGGCAACCCGGUUCUGAAUAGGAUACUCUCGUCCAAGCAGCGGCUGCUGUCUCUGGCCUCGUCCCCGGCUUUGGGGUCCAGCUCUCCGAUCGAGGAGAACAGCAAGAACAAUAGCAGUGGGGAUGAGAACAGCAAGGCUUUGACCUCUUCCGAGGAAAAUAAGCUGUUGAAGAAGCUGAUCCCUGGACCAAAAGUACGGGAUGCGUUGUUCUUCAGGAAGUCCAUGGAGAAGGAGGCGGAGGAGUCAGAUAAGGAUGGGUUCUUUCGGAGGCUGCUCAGAGACAGCAAGGAUAAGGAGGAGGAGGAUUCAGACAAGGACGGGUUCUUUCGGAGACUGCUCAGCAUUAACAAGGAUGAAGAUGUGGAGCUGACUGCAAUUUCAGAAAGCUUUGUCAAGAGAUUGUUUCGAGAUAAAGAUGAAAAAUUGGGGGAAGAGGAUGAGAAGGACAGUUUUUUUCGAAGGAUUUUCAAGGAGAAAAAUGAAGAGAAAAAAGAUGUCCGGCAUGAUGGAAAUGAGGAGGAUUCGGUAAGGAGGAGUCUCGAGGAAGAUGAUAAAGAUGGUUUUUUCCGCAGGCUUCUCAAAGACAAGACUGAAGACAAAAAAGAUGGUGGGCAAAAUGGGAACGGGAAGAAAGAUAAAGGCAAUGAGAGUAUUAAGGAGGAUGAGAAGGAAACUUUUUUCCGCAGACUUUUUAAAGACAAGAAUGAAGAGAAAAAGAAUGGCAGGCCUGAUAAGAAUGAGCAGGAAGACAAAUUCAGCAGUAGUGUUGAGGAUGACAAUUUCUUCCAUAGGCUUUUUAAGGACAAACAUGAAGAAAAGAAAGUCGUUGAGCAUGAUAAGAAUGAAGAGGAGAAGGGUAAUGGGAGCAUCGAGGAAAGUGAAAAAGAUGGCUUCUUCCGCAGGUUUUUUAAGGACAAGCAUGAGGAGAAGAAAAAUGAAGGGCAUGAUGGGAACGAGGAAGACAAUUGUCAAAAUGCGUGUUUUGAGGAAGAGGAGACUUCAGAAUUUUUGUCAUUUCGUAGGUUGUUUAGGGUGCACCCCGAAGAUGUUAAGACAGGGGGUACCAAUGCGAAUGGUCUUUCCAAUGGUUCGCUGGAGAGCAGCCCAGGGACAGAGAACUUCUUCCGGCGGCUUUUCCGGGAUAAAGACCGGUCUGUAGAAGAUUCUGAACUUUUGGGUUCAAAGAUACACAAAGAGCGGAAGUGUCCCGGCUCACCAAGACAACGGAAUGAAAAACAUGGAAAGCCACCUCUACCAAAUAAUACGAUGGCAGAAAUUCGCAAAGGUUCCUAUCAUGCUUCGUUGGAAUUUGUUCAAUCACUGUGUGAUACAUCAUAUGGCCUGGUGGACAUUUUUCCUAUUGAGGAUCGUAAAACUGCUCUUCGAGAGUCUCUCGUGGAGAUCAAUUCACAUCUUUCUGCUGCUCAAAAAAAUGGAGGAGUUUGCUUUCCAAUGGGGAAGGGAAUGUACAGGGUGGUUCAUAUACCUGAGGAUGAGGCUGUUCUUCUGAAUUCUAGAGAAAAGGCACCUUACCUAAUAUGUGUCGAGGUUUUAAAAGCUGAAGUACCAAGUCGUACAAAAGUGACAUUUGAUGCUCAAAAACUCUCUAAAGGAGGGAUUCCUCUAGCAAAUGGAGAUGCACAAUUGCCAAAGCCUCCUCCAUGGGCAUAUCCUUUAUGGAGCCAGUAUGACAUGCAUCAAAAUGUUACAGAUAGGAUGCUGACGUCUACCUCUCAGGCUAUUGACCAAGCAAUGACUCAGUUAUGGGAGGCCAAAGUAAAAUUUGUACAUGUCAGUUUCUCUAUUGAGACUCACUUUGGAGACUGCUCAAAGAUUCUUGAAGGGCCUGACUCUUGGCACAGCAUCAAGCAAGCUACAGUACAUGGGCAAGAUCAUCCAGCUAGUGAGUUAAUAUCAAGUGGCGGUCACGACUUGAAAUGGGUAAAUGUUAAUCUGACAGCAGUUCCUGGUGUCAACAUGGAAGAUGUAGAUGAUCAAGAGCCCACACGUCGAAAAGACCACCGCCGUGUUCCUAGCACAAUUGCCAUAGAGGAAGCAAAGGCUGCUGCAGCCAAAGGACAGGCUCCACCUGGGCUACCUUUGAAAGGAGCCGGACAGGAUUCUGAGGAUGCAAAACCGGAGGUCACGAAUGGCUGCAUUCCUAAACCCACUGAUGCUUUGUCUGGUGAACUUUGGGAGGUAAAGAAAGAAAGGAUACGGAGGUCAUCCGUGCAUGGGAAGUCACCUGGUUGGGACUUGUGUUCUAUGAUUGUGAAGAGCGGUGAUGAUUGCAGACAAGAGCAUCUGGCUGUGCAACUUGUUUCACAUUUCUAUGAUAUAUACCAAGAAGCUGGCCUACCACUUUGGUUACGUCCUUAUGAGGUUCUUGUUACAUCUUCUUAUGCAGCCCUAAUUGAGACUAUUCCUGAUACGGCUUCAAUUCAUUCCAUAAAAAGUAGGUUUCCUAAUAUCUCAAGCUUGCGUGAUUAUUUCAUAGCCAAAUAUGAAGAAAAUUCACCAAAUUUUAAACUUGCUCAGAGAAAUUUCGUGGAGAGCAUGGCUGGAUAUUCCAUAUUAUGUUACCUUCUUCAGGUUAAGGAUCGGCACAAUGGAAAUCUUUUAAUAGACGAAGAAGGACAUAUCAUUCAUAUAGAUUUUGGUUUCAUGCUAUCUAAUUCUCCUGGGGGUGUAAAUUUUGAGAGUGCACCAUUUAAGUUGACCAGAGAGCUUCUUGAGGUGAUGGAUUCUGAUGCAGAAGGAACUCCUAGUGAAUUCUUUGACUACUUCAAGCUGUUAUGCAUCCAAGGUUUUCUUACAUGCCGCAAGCAUGCGGAGCGGAUCAUACUUCUUGUUGAAAUGCUACAGGAUUCUGGCUUUCCCUGCUUUAAAGGUGGUCCUCGUACCAUACAGAACUUGAGGAAACGAUUCCAUUUGAGCCUUACAGAAGAGUAUCUGGUGAUUUCGUGCAGCAAUGUGUCUCAUUGGUGCUCUCCUUGAUAAGUAGCAGCUUAGAUGCAUGGAGGACACGGCAGUAUGAUUACUACCAGAGGGUACUGAAUGGGAUUUUGUGAGAUGCUCUCAUACUUCCAGGUUCUUCUUGUGAUUUGCUUUUUCUCCUUCAUAAAAAGCAAAUCUAGGGAAGCGUGUUAGGCCAGAGGAAGUGUGAUUUGAUAGAAAGGGGUUUUGUGAGCCUGGCCAAGUGGAUUAAUGUUAUCGCUUGGCACCUCUGACACUCUGGUCUCACAUGGUGCCUUUGUUGAAAGUUGCACUGCAAGUCUUUUGGAGAUUAAAUUGUUUAAUCUUUGGCAGAGUCUAGCAGGAAGCAUACAAGAUCAAAUUGCUAGUCAUACAUUGUUUCCAUGAUCUGGUACUGAGAGCUGCAUUCCCACAUUGUUGUAGAUAUACAGGUUAGCAAAUAUGAGAAAAUCAAAAGAAAAGAGAUUUAGUUGUCAGUGACUGUACAGAAGAGGUUAAUUUGAUGUAGACUAGACAAAAGAGGGCCACGAAGAGGGGAUGUGUACGAGGAACUCAGUUGAUUCUUGGCUGAAAUGUAAGAGUUUUCGCUUAUCUUAGCUAUGAUUUGUGAACAAAACGGCUUUGAGGUUGUGCGGUACUUGAACAUUUGUUCAUUCAAUUCUUGGCUGCAUGUGAUUAAGCGCUUGGAGUUUUAGAAAAAAACAAGUUGCAGCUACUUCCGGUCUACGCUUAUUGACAUCUUUGCUUUAUUGUCAUGAUUCCUUGGAACAUUUCCUUGGUGGUUUCCCUUUUUGCUUAGAAUUCUCUUGUUAGCAUCACAUCAUGAUGCUUGAUUUGGAUAUCAGGAUUUCAUGUGUAAACAAUGUAUGAUAUUCACCAACAAUGCUUGCUUGUAUAAGAUGUAUUCUCAGUUCUAUUGAUGGGCGAAGUAAAGAAGUUGCCAAGAAGUAUUCCCAGGA